GCUGUUUCUGCGAGACCCCCGGCUCCGUGUGCGCCUACCUAACCGCCCGCUAGACCCGCCAUCUGUGCAGUACAGCGUUUAGGUGCGCACUUUGCGUCUGGGGCUGGUGUACUUUGUAAGCAUGACACAGAGGGGGGAAGCGAAUACUGGCAGGAGGAGUUGGAGGCAAGUCAAGAGGCCAGUGUGCGGGAUGACCGUGCUGUUGCUUGUCGGUAUUGUUCAGGUUGCUACUGGCGUUCAAUUUGAAGUGAAAGACGGCAAGACAAACCUAACCUGCAUAUUGGCUGAUUUGUCCAUCAAUUUCACUGUGCCGUACAGCAAUGCUUCUAAACAGGAGCUGGCUAAAUUUGCAUUGCCAUCAGAUGCUGUGACAAACAUUAGCAAAAGCUCCUGUGGUGAAGAAGAUGCCACGGCACCAGUUUUACUAAUUGAGUUUGGAUCCAGUCACUCACUGAGUAUCCGUUUUGGUAGAACCAACACACGCUAUCAAGUAGCUGAUCUGGUUAUGUCCUACAACUUGUCUGACAAAAACUUCUUCCCAGGCUCAUCAGAAAACGGAACUAAAACUGUAUCCACAAACAACACUGCCGUGUCAGCGGAGAAUGGCACAAUGUACAAGUGCAUCAAUCCACAUGUUAUUAGAAUGGAGAAUGUCACGGCAACAUUUCAUGAUAUAAAACUUGAAGCAUACCUAAAGCAGAGUAACUUCAGUCAGAAAGUAAGCACGUGCAGUGAGGAUGUUACCCCUACAUCAGCCCCUGUACCAACAACUGCACCAGCCCCUGUGCCAACAACUACACCAGCCCCUGUACCAUUACCAGAGCCUCCUGCAGUGCAAUAUACUGUAAAUGGAUCCCAUGGACCUUGCCUAAUGGUUAAAACAGGCUUGCAGAUGAAUAUUACUUAUGUCACAAAAGAUGGCAAGAAUGCAAGUUAUGUGUUUAAUAUCGAUUCAAAAGGUGUGACUGUUGAAGGAACCUGCAGUAAUACAACAGCAUCCCUAUCACUGUCUUCUGGUUCCACGCUGCUUACAUUUAACUUUACCCAGAAUUCCAGCCUGGAUGUGUUUUACCUUGAGAGCGUGGCCAUUAGCACAGAUGUAAAUGGUACAGUUUUUGCAGAGCACAACAACACUCUGAAUUACAUGCAGACCAAUGCGCAUAAAUCCUUCAGGUGCAACUCAAAGCAGACUCUCCAGAUCACAGACCGUUUUACUGUUAAUACAUACCAUCUUCAAGUCCAGGCUUUUAAUCUAGAUGGCAACAAAUUUUUACCUGCUGUAGAAUGCUCCCUGGAUGAAAACGGGAUGCUGGUGCCCAUUGUAGUUGGAGCUGCUCUCGCUGGACUCGUUUUAAUUGUGCUCAUUGCUUAUCUGAUUGGCCGAAAGAGAAGUCAUGCUGGAUACCAAACCAUAUAAUGGCCACGAAGCAUAACUGUCCCACUGAGGAGCAACAUAGAAUUGCAGUGAGCUAAUCUUGUGUUUGGAUAAGGAUUCCCAUCCGUGUGAGCACGUUUUCACACAAACUGCUAUUUUAAUGUGAACUCACUGGCAAUGCAUAUGUUGACUAUGCACUGAUGAUCCAUGAUUGAAUUAAUUUCCUUUUAUUUUUACAAGCAAUUCUUUCCCAAUGUAGGAGACACAGCUGCAAGCACUUUUUUAAUAAAAUGAAACAAGAAUUCAUAGAUUUGGGUGGUUUUUUCACGGAAGUGCUCAGUCCUUUAAUCUACUUCCUGCAGAAUUCUCACUUUAAAAGGGAAACGUAAUGAUUAUAGUGAAAUUCUGCAGCUCUCUCUGCAUUUUAUAAUCUACGGAAAGCCUGACCUAACAUGAUUGGGGUUCAGCUGCUCAUAACUUUCUUUUAAACCACAAGCCAAUGCCACAAGGUUGCAGGGCAUUAACCGCGCAGUACUGAAAUGAAUCUAUCGGCUUUGCUGUUCUAGGUACUCAUGACUUUUCUAAAAUGAGUGUAACUUAUGUUUUCCCUUUUUCUGAUAUACAAAGUGUUUGGGGUUUUUUUUUUUUGUUGAAAUAUUCUGCACACGUACAUUAGUACAUAUUUGUAAAUGCAGAAUGCUAGCUUCAUUCUUUGGUUGGGGUUGUUCUCUUUAAUAAGUGUGUGUCUGCAUUGCCUUAACAAUGCUAAUAAAAUACUUUGUUUUCUUUA